GCUCCAGCCAGGGCUCUGAUGCAGAACACAGUCCAGUAUAAUGGAUACUUUGGGUGUGGCUGGUAUUUGCACCCUGGCAAGUGCAUUGAAGGAACAGUGAAGUACCCCGUAAGCGCUGAAGCUCCGCCCGACAGGACUAAAGAAGGGAUGACUCAAGACAUGGAUAAAGCGAACAGAACUGGAGUGAAUGUUCGGGGAGUGAAGGGGCCGUCCCCAUUAAUUAAUUCGGUCGGGUUUCACAUUGUGUGGGGCUCCACACCCGAUUACAUGCAUGGCGUUUUGCGCGGCGUGACACGCCAGUUCAUGGAGCUGUGGUUGUGUGGUGUUGGCGCUCCAUAUUACAUAGGAUCACCAAAUUUCAUUAGGAGAAUUGAUGAAAGGCUAUGUGCCAUAAACCCACCUCAAUGCAUCACACGCCUGCCGAGAUCUGUCCAAUUGAGGAAGUUUUGGAAGGCAAGCGAGUGGCAGCAGUGGCUGUUAUAUUUCAGCCUCGUUUGUGUUGAUGGAAUGUUGCCUGGCAAGUACCAGAAACACUUCAGCUUGCUGCUAAAAGCAGUGUACCUCCUACUUGAAGAUACUGUCUCAGCCAAAGACAUAAGUGAUAGCACAGAUUGUCUUGUGCAAUUUGUCGUUCAAGUUCAAUUCCUUUAUUCCAAAAAGGAAAUGACUUCGAAUGUGCAUUUAUUGCUGCACCUUGCAAAAAGUGCUACAAUGCAAGGGUCACUUUGGGCACAUUCUUGCUUUGUCUUUGAAGCAGGAUUAGGCAAAAUUAAGAAGCUGAUUACUUCCGCAAAGGGAGUGCCUCAUCAAGUAAUGAGUAGAGUGCUUAUGGCCAGCAAAGUCUGUGCACUCAAGGCAGCUGCAAGUCAGCAAGUUAAAAUAAUUGAGGCACAAAUCCCCCAGCAAAUCAUAGGCCCUGUUGAGGAAUACGACAGGGUUCGCAUCUCUGGGCGCGUUCCACAGUGA